AUGGGAGUUUUGCGCAACUGGACCGACGGCGUGAAGCGACGCCUUACACGUCCAACUCCAUCAUCAAGAGGACAGGGCAGGAAGCAGAAAUCGCUGCAAUAUGAAGACCCGUCUGGUGUUUUCGUCAGCACUCGAACUUUACCCCACACACCACCAGCAAGCAUGCACACUAUUCAGAGUGCCUCGUCUGCGGAAACAUCCGAUUCGACUAGUGGGGGUAGCUGGAACUCUACCGGUACUCGUGGAUACCACCGCCAUUCUCCUCUAAUUGUUAAAGAUCCCGAAGCUUCGACGGAAGUAGCCGACGAGGCGGAAGCGCUCGGUCUCGUAAUGGCUCGUUCUCGGAGACUUCCAACAACUUGGUAUUACUCUUCCAAUCAUGUUAUGGUCAAUAUGGAACGGACCAAACGAACCGUCGCACCCUUAACACGAAUGCGUGAGCUAGAUGAAAUUGCUAGAGUACAUGCCGAAACGAUGGUCGCGGAAUCGCGAUUGUACCACAUGGAUCCGAGCGACUUGUCCGAUGCGCUCAACCGACCCGCCACGCGCCGGCUGGGGUGCAAUGUCAAUAAAGGAAUCAGCAUUGAUGAUAUUCAUUUGGGCAUGAUGGCAACCCUGUCAAAUCGUAACAACAUAAUUGACCGGAGGUAUACGCAUAUGGGCAUGGCUACCGCCCGUGAUGACAGAGGCGUUCUGUAUUUGUGUCAAAUCUUUCGCGGAUAG